AUGUUCCCAUCCAUCCUGCACGACGCGAAAGGGCCCCUUAUCCACCUCUCCUGUGUACUAGGAACACCUCCACUGGUGAUCAGCCUUUGCCUGUGUUUGUCUUGUGGAGAAGCAGCAGCACCUUUUCAGGAGUGGGUUUUUUAUUCAACAAGAAGUCCUGAAGGUUUUGGAUGCGGUGCUUCAGGGAUGUGGGCACUUUGAGAGCAGCAUCACCCACAAACACAAACAACUGCCAUCGAUUUUUCUGUGAAUAGCACAAAAAAAAGAAAAAACGAGAGAGAGAAAAAAACAAAGAGGAACAAUAGCAACACAAAAAAAUCUUGUCUAUUGAACAAUUCACUUUUCCGGUCUGUGGAUACCGCUCUAACUAAGUACAGCACUUUGAGAAUUGUUCACAUCGGACGGACUGAAGAGGGAGGCAAGACCUGUGGACCGGGUUUUCCCUCGCAAGUCUGAAUCGGCUCUCGCUGCUUAUCCCCUUGAACAAAAAAACAAACCCACCAAAAAAAAACAAAAAAACCGACCCUGAAGGAUAACGCGCUUGGACGUUUAUUCCCCUAAUUUCGCAGGAGGCUCUUUUUUCACGCAAAUUGUCCUAAAUGUUUGGAAUUCAGGAAACUAUACCGCGGGGCGGGACGACGAUGAAGGAGGAACCGCUCGGUGGACUCAACUCGGUCCGCUCCUGGAUGCACACAGCUGGGGUGGUGGACGCGAACACAGCCGCCCAAAGCGGUGUCGGCUUGGCACGGGCACAUUAUGAAAAGCAGCCCCCUUCCAACCUCAGAAAAUCCAAUUUUUUCCAUUUCGUCCUGGCGCUGUAUGACAGACAGGGUCAGCCCGUGGAGAUCGAAAGGACAGCUUUUGUGGACUUUGUGGAGAAAGACAAAGAACCAACCAGUGAAAAAACUAACAAUGGGAUACAUUACAAACUACAGUUAUUGUACAGCAAUGGCGUCAGAACGGAACAGGAUCUUUACAUACGGUUAAUCGAUUCCAUGACGAAGCAGGCCAUCAUUUAUGAGGGUCAAGACAAGAAUCCAGAAAUGUGCAGAGUUCUCCUCACCCAUGAAAUUAUGUGCAGCCGAUGCUGCGACAAGAAGAGCUGUGGAAACAGGAACGAGACUCCAUCAGACCCUGUGAUCAUUGACAGAUUCUUCCUGAAGUUCUUUCUCAAGUGCAAUCAGAACUGUCUGAAGAAUGCGGGGAAUCCACGAGACAUGCGUCGAUUCCAGGUUGUCGUAUCGACGACCGUCAAUGUGGACGGCCAUGUCUUGGCUGUAUCCGACAACAUGUUCGUACACAACAAUUCCAAGCAUGGGAGAAGGGCUCGCAGACUCGACCCUUCAGAAGCAGCCACCCCGUGCAUCAAGGCUAUCAGCCCGAGUGAGGGAUGGACUACAGGAGGAGCCACCGUCAUCAUCAUAGGGGACAACUUCUUCGACGGCCUACAAGUCGUGUUCGGCACCAUGCUCGUAUGGAGCGAGCUGAUAACUCCACACGCCAUCCGUGUGCAGACUCCACCUCGGCACAUCCCCGGAGUUGUGGAAGUCACGCUGUCCUACAAGUCCAAGCAGUUCUGCAAAGGUGCCCCUGGGAGAUUUGUCUACACUGCCCUAAACGAACCAACCAUUGACUAUGGUUUCCAGAGGCUGCAGAAGGUCAUCCCCCGACACCCCGGCGAUCCUGAGAGGUUACCAAAGGAGGUGCUACUGAAGAGGGCGGCUGAUCUCGUGGAAGCCCUGUAUGGAAUGCCCCACAACAACCAGGAGAUCAUCCUGAAGAGGGCAGCUGACAUCGCCGAAGCCCUGUACAGCGUUCCCCGCAACCACAACCAGAUCCCCUCGCUCGCUAACACCGCCUCCCACGGCAUGAUGGGAGUCAACUCCUUCAGCAGCCAGCUCGCAGUCAACGUGUCUGAGUCACAAGGGAACGACCAAGUGGGCUACAGCCGGAACACCAGCAGCGUGUCCCCCCGGGGCUACAUCUCCAGCAGCACCCCGCAGCAGUCGAGCUACAACUCCGUCAGCAACAGCAUGAACGGCUACGGCAACGCCGGCAUGAACCUGGGAGUGCCGAGCUCCCCCGGGUUCCUCAACGGAUCCUCUGCCAACUCCCCAUAUGGAAUUAAACAAAAGAGCGCCUUCGCCCCUGUGGUCCGACCCCAGGCCUCCCCACCCCCCUCCUGCACCAGCGCCAACGGCAACGGACUGCAAGGUGAGCCCCCCUCACCCCCUCAUCCCUUCCCCACGGACUACUGGUCAGAUACCGCUGCUCAGGCCUCUGUCCGGUUUGCCAUGUCCGGCCUGGUUGUCCCUCCAAUGUAAAUGCACUUUCAUCAUCUCAAGCACCAGUCUACACCAGUUACCACUUCACACAGGAGCACGCAGCAAAAGCGCUGGUGUAAUGUAUAGUCAAACGCCUGUUCUGUUUUUAAAGAUGAAGAAGACAAAAAAAAAAUGUUUUUUUUUUUUUCUUUUAAAUGACUUUCACAACCUACAGGAAAGAGGAUUUCAUGAGGAACAAUACUUUUUUUCUGUGGGAGUUUUUUUUUCUUCUUUUUUUUUUCCUCCCCAUUUUGUCACCCUUGAAGAGGACACGAGGCGACGGAGGGUUUAUUUUGUAUACCUGUUCGGGGGUUGUGCUUCGGCCUUGGAUUCGUCCAACCAACCACACAUUCAAUACUGGAAGGGACUCUGUGGACUCACCAUCUGGUUGUAAAGUAAAAACACUGAUGUACAGUACAUUUGCCAAUGAACUUCAGAAAUUGUUUUUCUGUUCCAGCUCUCUUUUAAUAGAUUCACAACAGUUGUGUGUCUUUAUAAUGUGACUUUUUUGUAUUUUUAUGUGUGAGAAAAAUACACAGGGGCCAAGACAGUUUGAAUUUCAACUGGAAAAUAUAUGAGAUAUAUAAUGUAGAAUUGAUCUUAAAAGUCCAACAAAUACAAAUUAAAAGGGUGGGGGUUGGGUGGGUAAGGUCGUAUCAUGUUUCAUUCCUGCAUUUUAACUUAAAUUUUGUAAUUUAUUGUAGCUAGAAAUCAUCUUCAAAAGUAAAAAAAAAAAAAAACAACAAAAAAAUCCUCUUUGAUUCAACAAGCACACUGACGUGUACAAAACACUGCUCUGUUGAUGAAUAUGAUGUACUUCCAUGUCUAGAGCUUCCUUUUAAGCAAGUGUGUUUUGCCAUUUUUUUUCAACUUUUUUGCUAGCACUGUAUAUUGAUGCAUUCCUAGGCUACUGUGAAGUCUGUUUCUUGUUGAUGAGGAGCAGUCUCCCCCUUCUAGCUCCGACUCCCUUAUGUGUUUUAUAUGUGGUUAAAAUUGUAGACUAUUGUGAUAUUGCCAAACUUGUGCUAAAUAUUUAUACAUCUGUCUUUUCCAUGUUCUUUUGAAAUCAACAAAAAAAAAAACAUUAAAAAACAAACAAAAUUAAAAUCCAUUGAGAAUGUAGGAGUACAGUAGUUCAUCGUCAUGUUUCUGUUCAAAUACACACUUGCGCUCACUGAGGGAAAUUUUGUAACAUAUCAACUAUAAAUAAUGUAUUUAUCUCUGAAAUUUUGUAUAUUGCUUUUCAUUAUGUAUGUAUUAAUCGUCAUGCCCUUAAUAUAGUGAUGCAGCACAGAUAAUUCAGCCAAGAACUGUUGCCUUCAUUUGUUUUCUUUUUGUAUUUGAUGAAAUGCAAUGUGCAUAUAUUUCAUGUGUAUCCUCAAAAAUUUGUGUUACUCCGUCAAGACUCUCUGUCCAUUUUUUAAAGGGGAAGUCAAACUUCAUUGUUUAUUUUUAUAUUGAUUUUAAAUUAUCUAUACAGACCAUUUUGGAGAAAACUUUGUUGGUUGUAUUGUCAAAUAAAUUGUUUGUGACCCAUAUGAUAGUUGUUAAGAUCCAAUAGAGACUAAUGUGCAUGAGGGACAACCUUGGAGAUAAAAAAAAACACUCCAUUUGUGGUUGUAUUUUUUUCUGUUUUGUAGAAUGUAUAGAAGUCAUUUUUACUCACCACUUAUGACUCUGCCACAUAGCUUACAUGUGUUUACAGGGAAGAAAAUUUAAAAAUGUCAACAUUUGGAAUGGAAACAGAAAUGAAUAAGUGAUGUUUUAUUAAAAUUUUCAGUAAAAACACAA